AUGACAUAUCAAUAAAGAGAUAAAGAGAGGCUUCUUUCAUGCGUUUGUUUUGUUGUGAAUAAUAAAACUUGUGAUAGGCCUUAAUUUGUAAAAUAUAGUAUCUUACAUCAUUAAACAUGAAAGAAAAACAUAAGAAGAGCAAGCAUAAUAAAUCACAUAAAUCUAAAAAAUCUGACAAGAAAAGUAAACGGAGAUCGCCUAGUUCAUCAAGUUCAAGUGGUUCAGAAUCUGAUGAAUGGGUAGAACAAGAAACUAGGAGGACCAAUGAGGCACAGAGAGAGGAUUGGAUGUCUAUGACUGGCAUGCUGAAGACAUACACAAAGGAAGAUAUCAGGCCCAAAAGAGAAGAAAAAGACAAAAAGAAUAUAGAUUCAUACAAUCCUGGAACUAGCAGCAGAGAGUUGAACCCUUACUGGAAAGAUGGAGGCACUGGUGUGCCACAAACACCCGAAAGCUUCAGAAAAUCAAGACCAUUUGUCAAGCCCACAGAUGAUGACGAUGAAGACUAUUAUUCAAGGUCUAGAAGUUCAAAUCCCUACACUUCUGGGUCACAUUCAGGUAGAGGAUCAAAUGAAAAUCAUAGAGAUUACUAUAAAGAUAGAAGAGAAUCUGAGAGAGAUUCAUAUAGAAAGUCAGGUAACUGGAGGAAACAAUCUGACAAUAGAGAAAGAAGAAAUGAUUCACAGAGUUCAGCAAGAAAUGAACCUGUUGUGUCUAAACCAAGUGAGUCAAAGCCAAGAGAGCAGCAAAUUGAAAAACCACAAGCCACACAAGAAAAGUCAAAAGAUAGCAAGUAUCUAAGUGAUGAGAAAAUGAACAAGUUAGCUGCUAAGAUUGUGAAGGCUGAAAUUCUUGGUGAUGAAAAGGUUGUAGCUGAACUAAAAGCAAAGUUAGAAGCUGCAAGAGAAUACAGGAAACAGAAUCCUAAUGUAGGUGAGGAAGAGGAUGACAGAGUAAUGCUAAUAGCCACAAGUGCUUCUGGAAACAGCAGACCGCUCACUAGCAGUGAAGCAAAAGGAGAUCCCAGAAGCAAAAGUGGCAAAAGAAAGGCAGAAACAUAUGUUGGUGGAGAGAGGACUAAAUACUUUGGUGAUGAUGACAAGUAUAAUUUGGCUCAAAUGUUCCAACAAGAAAAAUAUGGAAACAAUUACAAUGAUGAAGCAGAGCUGGCCAAACUCACAGCUAAACACAAGAAUCCUAAUGAUGAUAUUGAAGACAUCUUCAUGGACAAUAUAUCAAAGAACAGAAAUGAAGCCAAGGAAAGCGAAAAUGAGAAACAGAGGGCAAUCAGUCAACAUGUUAAAAUGGAGAGGACUUUAGAAGGCUGUGAACAUUGUCUGGAUUCAAAGAACAUGAUAAAACACCUUAUGGUCAGCUGCAGCAACAAAGUGUAUAUAGCACUGCCAUCUAGAAAAUCUCUCGUCAAAGAUCAAUGUUUAAUAACUACCAUUCAGCAUGCUACUUGUGUUACCGCUGUAGAUGAAGAUGUUUGGGAAGAAAUAUUGAAUUAUAGAAAAGCUUUGACACAAUUCUACAACUCCCAAGGCAUGGAUGUAGUAUUUUUCGAAACUGCAACAAAAUUAAACAGAUACCCACACAUGGUGAUAAACUGUGUACCCCUACCAAGAGAUGUAGGUGAUAUGGCGGCAAUCUAUUUCAAGAAAGCCCUCUUAGAAUGUGAAGCAGAGUGGUCUAUGAACAAGAAGGUUGUUGACCUAAAAGGUAAAAAUAUUAGAAAAGGGAUUCCAAAAGGAUUGCCAUACUUUUGGAUAGAUUUUGGAAUGGAUCCGGGCUUUGCUCAUGUCAUUGAGGAUCAACAACUGUUUCCUAAAACAUUUGCUGAGGAAAUCAUUGCAGGCAUUUUGGAUUUGGAUCACAGUUUGUGGAAGAAUCCACGAAAGGAGUAUGGGGAUUUACAACGAAAAAAAGUUUUGGACUUUUUGAAAGAGUGGAAACCUUUUGACCCAGUAAAAAAUAAGAUUUAAAGAUCAAUAAUCAUUAUAACAAACAUUUGGAAAUACAAAAUGUUAAAAGCUAAAA